CUCCUUUCCUUUCCUUUCUUUUCCUCUGAUCAAUUUCCUCUCUCUCUCUCUCUCUCUCUCUCUUUCUCCACCUGGCUCUGAUCUAGGGCUUCUAUCCACUCGUCGUUGAAGGAAGCCAUCAUCGAUACAGACGCAAAAAAACACAAAAAUGGGCAAAACGACAUCUUUCAAAGAAGAGUUCACCUUCGAGGAACGAUUAGGCGAAUCGCGAGAUAUCAUUGCCAAAUAUCCAGAUCGAAUCCCAGUGGUGGUUGAAAGGUAUUCGAAGACUGAACUUCCUGCCAUGGAGAAGAAAAAAUACCUGGUACCCCGAGACAUGUCUGUUGGGCAAUUCGUCCACAUCCUGAGUGGCAGGCUUCGUCUAGCUUCUGGAAAAGCUCUCUUUGUUUUUGUGAAGAACACUUUACCACAAACAUCAAGUCUGAUGGAGUCUGUUUAUGAAUCCUUCAAGGAUGAGGAUGGGUUCCUUUACAUGUGCUACAGCAGUGAGAAAACAUUUGGCUGUGCUGAUUGGUGAUCCUUUGUAAAUACUUUCCAUUUGCCUUGGGUCUGAUCUAAUGUGCUUGUGGAGUAUAUGCGUGUGUAAGCUGAAUUGACUGGUGUGUAUUUAUCUAUCAUCUACCUUGUAAAUUAGUCAGAGAUGGGAAAUGAUCCGCAAAAAAUAGAUGCACAUUGGCUCUUUUUAUUUUUCA